CAAUUAAAGCUGUUUUUCAUUCACCUUGGUUACCUAAUUGGCUUCGAUGGGAAAACAAUGUUCUUACUGGCACACCCGAUAUGAAUUCUCAAAGUUGCGAAAUCACUGCAGUUGCCAAUUAUUAUCAUGGUGAUACUGUAUAUAAACUUGAAAAGUCAUUUUAUAUUACUGUUGCUGCUCAUAUUGAACCAUCAGAACAUCAUGAUUUAAAUCCCAUGGCAAUGGCAGAUUAUCAAUUGCAGUCACAUCUUUCUCAACAAUAA